AUGACGAGUUUAAGUUCAAUCAAGGUGCCAGUGUUUGAAGGCAAAAACUUUGAACAUUGGAGGUUACAGAUGGAGAAUAUAUUUACAUAUCAAGAAGUAUGGGAUAUUGUGAAAGAUGGUUAUGUAGAACCAGCAGAAGGAGUUGUAGUUGAAGGAGAUGCACAAACUCUAUUAACUGAAAACAGAAAGAAGAAUUCUAAACCUACAUAUAUUCUUCAUAAAGGUGUUCAUGAAUCUUUCAUGGACAGAGUUAUCUAUAUUAAGCAAGAUAAAGCAACAUGGAAUGGUUUGGUUAGCUACUACACAGGGUCUGACAAGGUCAAGAAGGCUAAUGGUGAUACUGUAGAAGAUUCAACAGUUGUUGAGAAGAUAUUAAGAAGUUUGCCUGAGAAAUUUGAAUCAAAGGUGACUGCUAUAGAGAAAUGCAACACAGUUGCAAAUAUGACUCUUAAUGAGUUAUUGGGUUCAUUACAAGACUAUGAACAAAGAUUGCUAGAGAAGACAGUUGUUGUAAAACAAGUUGAAGAAGCACUUCAAAGUCAAGUUAGCUGGAGAAGCAACCAAGGAAAACCUAAUGCUGUAAGGUUUCAAGGAAGAUAUAACGAUGGAGGAAGAUCUAAUACUGGAAGUUAUCAAGGAAGAAAACCAGUUGAUAAAUCAAAAGUUCAUUGUUACAACUGUGGAGAUUUUGGGCACUUUGCUCCAGAGUGUCCAAAACUUAGAAACACUACUGAAAAUAAUUAUAAAUCAAAUUUCAAAGCUAAUAUUGCUGAAAGUCAAGGAGAAGAAAAGGCAUAA